UAGUUGUUGAGCAAAAAGAAAAAAAAUGUGCAGCUCAUCAUGCAAUAAUCAUUCUAUUCUAUCUAUAUCUAUGUUUUUCUUCUGUUAUUUUGUGUAGAAAAUUUCGUAGGGGCAAUAGCAUAUGGAGAUCCUGCUCUUGGAUUUAGCCCUGUUCCUUUGACACAAGCUAAUUUGAAAUUGUAAAAACCAUAUGACAUACCAUUGGAGUAUUGGACCAAAGGUAUAGCUAUGAACAUGGAAUCCAUCGAUUAUGCUCUAUGCCAACGACAAGCCUCGUGAACCAACCAUCCGCAUUCAACCUCGCACGGAAAUUCGUAUCUUAGGGCUUGACUACAACUCAGGGGUGUGGCAAUUUGAAGGAUAUGGUUUUGUACCAAAUGGAACAUCUGGUGCUACAAUGGCACAGAUUCAUGGUGCUGCACAUGGUGCUACCACACUUAUACUAAGAAUAUAUAAUUAUGGAGAAAUGAGAUACUACAGCAGAGAUUUAGUGGCUGAAAAUCUUUAUGACAAGUGGUUCAGACUCAAUAUCAUUCAUGAUGUUGAUGGUGGAACCGUUUCAAUAUUCAUUGAUGGAAAGAAAAAGUUUCAUACAUGGAAUCAAGAUGAAGAAAGAUCAAAAUUUAUAGAUUAUAAUAAUUUUGUUCAUUCAAUAAUAAUCCAUUGUUAUUAGUAUUCUCUGUUUAGUUGAUCCAAGAUCCAAAAUUAAGUUGGUUUGCUCUCCAACCCAAAUUUAAUCAAAUUGGUUGACCAUAUUCUAUUUCUAAUUAAUAUGU